AGAAGGAAACCACGAACUGGAAGAGAAAUCUGCCGGACUGUCAUUGUAUUCACUGCUGAUAUCACACGGACUGCACUGGAAUUGACCUCUGUCCUCUCCUGCGAGAAGCCGCCUCUAACCGUCUGGCCACGUUCGGUGGCGCGCGUGUUGUUGAAGGGGAGACGGCGCGAUUCGUCGGGACGCGUCGAUCGCCACUUCCCAGAGUCGCUUCGCCCUCGACGCUUGGAUCUUCCUGCAGUGUUGUGCUAGUACAAAAUACAGAAAGAGAAACGCUGUUAUGCCGUGUGUUAGUGUGUGUGUAAAUCUCGAAUUUUUGGAGUGAAAAAUGCUGGUCUUCGGUGCGGGCUGCCCUCUUGCCAUGCUGGUCAUCGUAGCACUGUGGCUUGCGGAGUUCGGAAUUGUGGUCACGUCAUCAAAUGUGGCUUGGCAAGAGAAUAUUCGCCCCAAGAUGUACGUCCAAUUAGGUGCGGAGGAUGUGCACCGGUUCGUGAGCAACGAGACGCACAUAGACUUCUUCCGAUUGGUGUUACAUGACGGCAACUCUCUUCUGGUUGGCGGACGGAAUCUCGUGUACAACCUCAGCCUCACAGACCUCUCAGAAAAUCAGAGGCUGUCAUGGUUCUCGCCCAAGGACGUUGUCGAGAUGUGUAUCAUGAAGGGUAAAGACGAGGAUAACUGUCAGAAUUACAUCCGUAUUCUGGUACGCACCGGGCCGGGGAAGCUGCUGAUCUGUGGCACCAACUCCUUCAAGCCUGUAUGCCGGGAUUAUUCGGUACAGGCUAACGGGUAUGCCAUGGACAACGAGAAGUCCGGACAAGCAUUAUGUCCAUACGACCCACAACACAACAGCACAGCAGUCUUCGUCGAUGGCGAUAUCUACACCGGCACUGUAGCGGACUUCUCCGGGAUGGACCCGAUCAUCUACAGGGAGUCUCUGCAGACAGAACAGUACGACUCCAUGAGCCUCAACGCACCGAACUUUGUGAGUUCCAUGACACAAGGCGAUUUCGUAUACUUCUUCUUUCGUGAGACAGCUGUAGAAUACAUCAACUGUGGAAAGGCAGUGUAUUCCCGGGUGGCGCGUGUCUGCAAGCACGACCGGGGAGGACCGCACCGCUUCCGCAACCGCUGGACCUCCUUCCUCAAGUCCCGUCUCAACUGCUCGGUGACAGGGGACUUCCCCUUCUACUUCAAUGAGAUACAAUCGACUACUGAGCUGAUUGAGGGCAUAUAUGGGUCUGUGACAGCACAGCUCAUUUAUGGAGUUUUCACAACACCUCCCAAUAGCAUCAGUGGCUCAGCAGUAUGUGCAUUUGCGCUUCAGGACAUCACAGAUACGUUCGAGGGUAACUUCAAGGAGCAAGCACAACUUAACUCCAACUGGCUGCCAGUCCAGAGUGCCAAGGUUCCUGAUCCGAGGCCAGGACAAUGUGUCAAUGACUCAAGGACGCUGCCAGAUCUUACUCUUAAUUUCAUUAAGACACAUUCGUUGAUGGAUGAAUCUGUGCCUUCAUUUUUUCACCAGCCCAUAGUUAUCCGUACCAGUUUUCAUUACCGUUUCACCCAGAUUGCUGUUGAUCCACAAAUUAAGACACCUGGUGGCAAGGCAUAUGAUGUACUCUUUAUAGGAACUGAUAAUGGUAAAGUAAUAAAAGCAGUAAAUGCUGGUUCUGCUGACACAACAGAACGAGUUAGCCCAGUGGUCAUUGAAGAAAUCCAGGUAUUCCCUCCCCAAGUAGCUGUACGUAAUCUGAAGGUUGUGAGAGAUUCAAGUUUGCCAGAUGGUCGCCUAGUGGUGGUUUCUGAUGGUGAAGUGCAAGCUCUGCGUUUACAUCGAUGCUACAGCGACAAGAUACUGUCCUGCAGUGAGUGUGUUGCCUUACAAGAUCCAUACUGUGCAUGGGACAAGCAGAACCAGAAGUGUCGAGCUGUGGGUGCCCCACGCUGGAGUGAUGAGAAAUACUUCUACCAGAGUAUUGCAACUGGAGUUCAUGCAGCUUGCCCUGCAAGUAAGAUUAUUGGAAAGGAUGCAGGCAGUGUAGGUGGACUUUCUUCCACAUACCCCAAGACUUUUAACCAGGAUUCAGGACAUGCCGGCAAGGAUGUUCCAGAUGGGGAGGUCAUUAACAUAAUGCAAGAUGAAGAGGAACACAAUGGUAAGAAUAGCCACA